UGGCUACGGAACAUCUCAGUUGCUGUGUGGAGAGAUUUGACGGAGGGACACUCCUGUACAUGGACCAUCACUGCGCUGCAAUCCGCCUUCUCACUCACACACACACACACACGCGCACGCACGCACACCUACACACGCGCGCGCGCACGCACGUAAUGCCUCGCUGAAAUCAGGACGUACGCGGUGAAGAAAACACGCAUGUGAAUAUUUUUAUUUUUGCAUGUCACCAGAGGAGGAACUAGUCGCCGGCUCCGCGGCUGUUUGUCUUUUCUCAUCGCUUCACCCCCCCGGCUGCCCCCCCCACCACCCCCCCGUAUGUCACUCUAAUUAAUCGGAGGCAUGUGGAAUCGCACCAGGAUUAGGAACUGCUUCCCGAUAGCGUGCCUGCUGUUGACGUUAUGGACGGAGGUGUCCCAGUCAACCGGCUAUUUCGAGCUGCAGCUGAUCACCGUGGCGAAUGUAAACGGCGAGCUGGCGGACGGGGACUGCUGCGACGGCCCCAGGAGCUCCUCGGACCUGCGCUGCACCCGAGACGAGUGCGACACUUACUUCAAGAUCUGCCUCAAAGAGUUCCAGAUGGAGGUCUCCACCGGCGGCGCGUGCACCUUCGGGGAUGGAUCUACGCAAGUUCUCGGUGGAAAUACGUUUUCUUUUAAGAGCACAACGAGUAACCCGAAUAAAAUCGACGAAGCUGGCAAAAUUCUGAUCCCGUUCCAGUUCGCAUGGCCGCGGAUGUACACGUUGAUUGUAGAGGCUCGGGACUGGGACAACACCACACGCAACAUUGGGGACGAGCUGCUGAUCGAACGCAGCAUCCACACUGGUAUGAUCAACCCGGGCGACCAAUGGCAGACCAUCCUGCACGACGGGCCGGUGGCUCGCCUCGUGUACCGCAUCCGAGUCCGCUGCAACGACAACUACUACAGCAACAAGUGCAAUAAGCUGUGCGUUCCUCGGGACGACUACUUUGGCCACUAUCGCUGCGAGCCAUCCGGGGCCCGCGUGUGCCUGGAUGGCUGGAUGGGCUCCGACUGCAGGAAAGCGAUCUGCAAGCAAGGCUGCAACCUGUUACAUGGCAACUGCUCUGUCCCGGGGGAAUGCAAGUGUAACUACGGCUGGCAGGGUCAGUUCUGCGACGAAUGUGUGCUCUACCCCGGCUGCGUCCACGGGACCUGCAACAGCAAGUGGCAGUGCAACUGCGAGAGGAACUGGGGCGGCCUGCUGUGCGAUAAAGAUCUGAAUUACUGUGGUCGCCACCAGCCUUGUGUCAACGGAGGAACCUGCAUGAACACGGAACCGGACGAGUUCCACUGCGCCUGUCCUCCAGGAUACUCUGGCAAGACCUGCCAGAUAGCUGAUCACGCCUGUGUUUCCAACCCCUGCGCCAACGGAGGCAGAUGCCACGAGGUUCCCUCUGGGUUCGAGUGCCAGUGUCCGCCGGGAUGGGAGGGGCCGACCUGUGCCGACAAUCUGGACGAGUGUGCCUCCGGUCCCUGUGCUAAGGGUGGAACGUGUAUCGACCUGGAGGACGGCUUUGAGUGUGUGUGCCCUCCACAGUGGGAGGGAAAGACCUGCCAGAUAGAUGCAAAUGAGUGUGCAGGAAAGCCCUGCGUGAACGCUUUCGCUUGCAAAAAUUUUAUUGGAGGAUAUUACUGCAACUGUUUUCGUGGAUGGUCCGGACAAAACUGUGACAUCAACCUCAACGGCUGCCACGGUCAGUGCCAGAAUGGAGGAACGUGCAAGGAGGACCAGAGGGGUCACCACUGCCAGUGUCCUCCAGGCUUUGUGGGCUCUCACUGUGAAAUCCGUAAGAACAAGUGUGACAGCAGCCCGUGCCAGAAUGCCGGCCAGUGCCACGCAGUGCUGGAUGGCUUCGUGUGUCAAUGCCCACCACAGUUUGCCGGACAGCUGUGUGAGAUCAAUGGCUGGACCCCCUCAGAUGCUUGUGAUCCAAACCCUUGUGAGAACGAGGCCGAGUGCUACAGCAUGGACGAGGACUUCUACUGCGCAUGUCCCGAAGGCUUCGAGGGGAAGACGUGUGAGCGGCUCAAGGAGAACUGCCAAACCGCUCCGUGUCAAGUCAUUGACAGCUGCACGAUUGCCGUGGCAACCAACGACUCCGCUGGGGUGCGGCACAUCUCGUCCAACGUUUGUGGUCCACAGGGACGCUGCAUCAGCCAGCCGGAGGGCAACUUUACCUGCAUGUGCGAUCUGGGUUUCAGUGGCAUCUACUGUCAUGAAAAUAUUAACGACUGCAUCGACAACCGCUGUGGGAACGGAGGCACCUGCAUUGAUGGAGUGAACUCCUUUCAGUGCUUCUGUCCCGAUGGCUGGGAGGGUCAACUGUGCGACCUCAAUGUGGACGAGUGCAGACACAACCCGUGUAAGAACGGCGGCCGCUGCGUCGACCUGGUGAACGACUUCUACUGCCAGUGUGCCGACAGCUGGAAGGGCAAGACCUGCCAUUCCCGCGAGAGUCAGUGUGACGCAACCACCUGCAGUAACGGAGGCACAUGCUACGACCACGGAGACGCCUUCCGCUGUGCCUGCCCACCUGGUUGGGGAGGCAACACGUGCAACACAGCCAGGAACAGCACGUGUGCCUCCGGCCCUUGUUCCAACGGGGGAACCUGUGUGGGAGGAGGCGACACCUUCACCUGCAUCUGCAAAGAGGGCUGGGAAGGCCCCACCUGUGGCCAAAAUAUAAACGACUGCAGCCCUCAUCCAUGUUACAAUGGCGGCAUCUGUGUGGAUGGAGUCAACUGGUUUCGGUGCGAGUGCGCUCCGGGAUUCGCUGGACCAGACUGCCGAAUCAACAUCAACGAGUGCCAGUCUUCACCUUGUGCCUACGGUGCCACUUGUGUGGACGAGAUCAACGGUUUUCGCUGUAUCUGUCCACUUGGUAGAACGGGAGCCCGAUGCCAAGAAUUCAUAGGUUUUGGGAGGACUUGCCACUAUGCAGGGCUGCAGUUCCCCCAUGGCAGCCAGUGGGAGGAAGAGUGCAACAGCUGCCAUUGCAUCAAUGGCAAAGCAGACUGCACAAAGGUGCUGUGUGGUCGCCGUUCCUGCGUGCUUCCGUCUUCCGCCCAGGACCCGAAACAGCAGACCUGCCCAGCUGGACAAGAGUGCCUGGAGCACCGCUACCUGACGUGUUUCUCCCCGCCUUGCCAACAGUGGGGGGUUUGUUCCAGGGCCGGACCGUCCUCUCCAGAAGCGAGCACCAAGUGCCAGCCAAACACCGGGCAUUUGGACAACAGCUGUGGCCGCAUAACACUUGUCUUCAACCGAGACAAAGUUCCACAAGGAACAACGGUGCAGAACAUCUGCUAUGAGCUGAGGUAUCUUCCUGACACCCGAAGCUUGGCAAAAGACCACGCCCUUCUGCUUUUGUGUGCCCUCUCUCAUUCCAACCAGGAUGCUGUAGAAGUGGCUAUUUCUUUCCAGCCGGAGGAUCUACCGGACCACAGUCUGAUCCAGCAGGCGGCCAGCGCCAUAGUCGGUACCUUGUCCAAGCGACACAACAGUACCAUAAUGCUGGCAGUCGUUGAGGUCAAAGUGGAAACGCAGGUCAUGGCCCCCUCCGUAGUAGAUUACCGGGUGCCUCUGCUAUGUGUGCUGUUCUGUUUGCUCUGCCUGUUCUGCAUUAUCGUCUGUGUUUGGUGGACACGCAAACGGAGAAAAGAGCGCGAGAGGAACUCACGGCCAGCUGCCGACGACAACGUGAACAACCAGUGGCAGCCACUCAGGCUCGUCGUGGGACGUCAACAGCAGCAGCAGCAGCAGCUGCUCAAAGAAAGCAACAGGGACGCCGAGCAGGAGCGCAGAAAGCUCAUGGGCCCCUCGUAUCGGACGUGUGACGAGGGGGAGGAGACGGAAGGCGAGCUUGAGCUCGAGGACGAGUGCGGCGGAGCGGAGGCGGGAAAGCAAGUUUAUAAGUACUCCAAGACUGCAGUGCAGUCCAGCGGGGAAGUGAUCUGUACCAUGCACAGUUCCAGUUCACCCCUCAAAGACCCCCACCGGACCCCAGGCUACAGCCCCAAAGACAACCGCUGGAAAAAUGGCCUCCGAGACCAUUGUGUAUAACAAAGGACUCACAAUGUGGAAAGCGAGAGACGCUGCACGGCAGCAACUAUUCUUAUUUUUGGACUACUUUUGGGAAGAGUAAGUGGCUUUGUGUUUUAAUAAGCCGUUCUUUGCUUUGUUUUCAUGUUUUUGUCACCGUCACCUGAAAAGCUUUUGUAUUCAGGAGGCUAGAGCCCAGUGAACAUCCUUUUUUGCUUCAGUGUUCACUUAUUUUUCUUUAGUGUACAGAAGGGGCUGAAUUAUUCAAGAGGCUGAAGAAGCUCCCUGCAAUUUUUGUUUAAUAUAAUUGUACCAUUUAGGAAACGAUGAAUCAUCGAAAAGUAGGAGAAAAAAAAAAAACUGUAUAAAGAUUUUGUUUUUGUUUACAGAUGUUUAUGAUUUUGUCCAAUUGUCGGUGGGCUCCUGUUCAAUGUCUAAAGGGAGAGGGGGGGGGUUGAGGGGCAUGGACCACUGUUGCAGCCACGGCAGCAGAGGAAACCCUCCCCUUGUCUUUUUCCAGCUUUGCCCAAUCCACCUGUGGCCGUCAUGCGCCAGCCUUACCAAAACACUUGGCCUGGCGGGGAGAGGGGACAGAAACCCCAGUGCCUACUAUGUGGCCUUCCAUUUUUUAUUUUAUUUUUUUUUUCUUCACCUGUCUCUGUUUGAGAAUUUUUUUGCAGUAUUUGAGUUGGUAGCAAGUGCCUUUCAAAGGGCCGUUCGGAGGCUCCAAGUCGCGCUGCCCAGUUUGACCUCCUUGUUCUAAAAUCUCAAAGGGAAGUGUACAUCUAAAGAGUUCAAUUUCACAGCAACGCCAUUCAAGGUAUUUGAUCAAAACAGAAAUGAAUACUCUGUACAUAUGUGUAAAUACUAAAGGAGUCGCUGUGUAUAUUUGAAAUAAGUAACUUAAAGACAAGUCACACAUUUUUAUUAUUAUUAUUAUUAUUGUUAUUAUCGUGAAUAAUAUUUUUUUUAUUUUUUUUUUUACAACGCCAUUCCUUUUAUUUAUGCCUGUCAAAAUGGGCACGUUUUAUAACACUUCAUAUCCAGAGUUCCAAAGUUAAGAACCUUUACAAUAAGGUACCACACAUGAAGGCAUUUGUGAAGGGUUUAUAAAUGGUUGGUCAUGAGGUUGAAUUAGUGACCUUCUGCAGUACUUGUUGGACAAAUCAGUGGAGCUUCUCAACUUUAACGCUGUACCCCUACCAUGAAAUACUGGCAGAGGAUUCCCACUUUCAAUAACAAUGUUAAUGGUAAAACGUAUUUUCCUGGCUAUAGAAGGUCUAGCAUCACUAUCUGCUUUUAGCCUUCUGUCUGCCUGGCAAUAUUAACCUACUGAUCUUGAUCAAAAGUAGUUUGACAGCAGGAAUUAUAAAAAAUUAAUCCCAAUUCUUUUGCACAAUGUUUUUCGAUAGAGCGAACCUUUAUUAAUAUUAGGGGGAUGAAUUAGAAUUUCAGUUUGAUUGCAACACUGAUUUUUAACAUGCUCAUGUUGAAAGGGGAAGUAAAACCAAUUGGUCAGAUAAUUGCACCGCUCUUUAAUAUCAACAUUUUAUGGCCGCCCCUCCAUCAGUGAUGUCACACUAGGCCUAUUGAAGCGCCCAUUGGGACAACACAACUAGGUGUGUGACAUAAAAUGCAACUUGCUCCUGAUCUACUGCCAUUUGAAAGCAGAGCAGCCAUCCACUUCAAUAUUGGAUCCAGACUAUAUCCCUAAUCAUUUUUAACUCCUUGUUUGGUUGUUUAAUCAGGAUUUGGUUAAAAAUGAGAUGUAGCUGUAGAUUUUGGUGGGCAGAGUUGUCAAAUCUAAGAAAAUUAUAGCCCUAAAAAGUUAUCUAACCAUAUUCUGAACCCAUCACAAAUCCUUUUGUUUCAGGUGCCUUUAUGUAAUGAGUAUUGCAUUAUUUGUAAUAGUCAAUGGUCAUCUUUUAUGCGCUUGGUUUGUUUUCGCUAUCAAGGAAAGUAACUCUUUAAAACUGUGUGGUGUAUAGUGGCGUGUUUUAUUCGCCUGAGUAAACCGCUCUCCUUGUCUUGCUUUGCUAUCAUGGAGAUUGCUGGAAUAAAACACUUUAUUGGAGGCUUAAAAAAAACAAAUCAGUCCACCAUGACGUGUCAUAUGGACGACAGUAGUUCAAAUGUUGACAUUCAUAGGCUUUGUUUGGUUUAAAGGCUUUAAUGAAGGGAACAAUAUCUGCAGAUGUCUUUGCUACACUUUUUUUUUUUUUUUUUUUGGAAGAUACCAACUCCGUUCAAAACGAGCAAUUUUUUUUCAUAUCAUGUCAUUGUCUCAAACCGGCAUCGUAUUUUCUGUAAAUGGGACACAGCAAAAUAAAGAAUUAAAGAUGCAUCACUGCUGGUGUUAAAAGCUGAAUAUGCAUAUUGUAUACAUUUUAUUCUUCAAGGGACAUACGUUAAUUUUAUAGAAAGGUUUCCAUUAUUUCAGUGGAUGUUUCAUUGUUCUAAAUCAUCCCAGUUAUUUAUUAAAGCAGUUUUGACACAUGUU